UCACUCUCCUCUGCGGGAUAUAUCUGCUGCAGCGCUCUAGAUGGCACUUAGCAUGUUGUAAUACACUGCAGUGCCCUAAAUAUCCUGUGAUAGUGUGCCACGAUGCUCGUCUCAUGGUGGUAUUUCUACCUGGGAGCUCAAAGCCUCUAUGAACAAGUGUUAAAUAUGGCCUCAGUUCUUCAGAAACUCAUCACUCCUCUGUUCAGUGGUCCAGCUGAACCCCCAAGGAACAAAGUGACUGUUGUCGGGGUGGGACAGGUUGGCAUGGCCUGUGCCGUCAGUAUUCUGCUUCGGGAGCUGGCAGAUGAACUGGCACUGGUGGACGUCGUUGAAGACAAACUGAGAGGAGAGAUGCUGGACUUACAACACGGAAGUCUCUUCCUAAAGACACCCAAGAUCGUCUCAGGCAAAGAUUACUCGGUGACGGCAAACUCUCGUAUCGUGGUGAUAACGGCAGGCGCUCGGCAGCAGGAGGGUGAAAGCAGAUUGAAUCUUGUGCAAAGAAAUGUCAACAUCUUCAAACACAUCAUUCCUCAGGUCAUCAGAUACAGCCCUAACUGCACACUCAUCGUAGUGUCCAACCCAGUGGACAUUUUGACCUACGUGACCUGGAAGCUGAGCGGCCUGCCCAAGCACCGCGUAAUCGGCAGUGGAACCAACCUGGACUCGGCCCGCUUCCGCUACCUGAUGGCCGAGAGGCUGGGCAUCCACCCCACCAGCUUCAACGGAUGGAUUCUGGGAGAACACGGAGACUCCAGCGUUCCUGUUUGGAGUGGGACUAAUGUGGCAGGUGUAAGUCUCCAGAAAAUCAAUCCAGACAUCGGAACAGAUACGGACAGAGAGAACUGGAAAGAAAUGCACAAGAAGGUCGUAGACAGUGCGUAUGAGGUGAUCCGACUGAAAGGUUACACCAACUGGGCAAUUGGUCUGAGUGUAGCAGAUCUGACGGAGAGUCUAAUGAAGAACCUGAACCGAGUCCAUCCUGUUUCCACCAUGGUGAAGGGCAUGUACGGGAUCAGUGAUGAGGUGUUUUUGAGUUUGCCGUGCGUGUUAAACAGCGCUGGAGUGGGCAGCGUGGUCAACAUGACCCUGACCAGCGAGGAAGUUUCUCAACUGAAGAAGAGCGCGAACAUGCUGUGGAACAUCCAGAAAGAUCUCAAGGAUCUGUAAACACGGAGUUUAAUUCAUAACGGAGAGUUUUAAUUCACUGACGUGUAUCUCUGAGCAUUUAAAGGUGUGUCGUUUUUGUCUGUUAAAGUACUUUCUUCUAUGCCAGUUUAAUACGCAUUUUUAGGUUUCUUUCAGUUUGUAAAACCUGUUUGAGAAGGGUCAUUGCUUUUGAUAAUGCUAGUGGUCACAAAAACAACCCUUACCUUUAAACGGCAGUCUUGGAUGUAAUCUUUCAAACAUGAAAGUCUUGUGUGUCCCCUCUUUUCUCCCCAAUUUGGAAUUCCCAAUGCGCUCUGAGUCCUCAUGGUGGUGUAGUGACUCGCCUCAAUCCGGGUGGCGGAGGACGAAUCUCAGUUGCCUCCCCGUCUGAGACCGUCAAUCCGCGCAUCUGAUCACGUGGCUUAUUGAGUGCGUUACCACGGAGACCUAGCAUGUGUGGAGGCUUCACGCUAUUCUCUGCGGCAUCCACGCACAACUCACCACGUGCCCCACCGAGAGCGAGAACCACAUUAUAGCGACCACGAGGAGGUUACCCCAUGUGACUCUACUCUCCCUAGCAACCGGGCCAAUUUGGUUGCUUAGAAGACCUGGCUGCAGUCAACGUUUUGUGUUUUUGUAAAAAAACAAUUCAGAUCUAGCAAUCUUAAUUUCAGAUGUUUCAGGUGUCUGGAUUCUGUACUUAUAAGCAAUAAUCAGUAAUAGAGCGCCCGCCUUUUCAGCCGUCUGGUUUCCGGAAGUAUCCCAUUAAUCUCUUCCAUAGGGAUUACAUAAAAUCCAUCUUAAAAGCUCAGAAGUGAAUCACAACAUUACAAACUCAGAACUAAAAUCAUAUGAAGCAUUACGAUUGACGUAAUCGAAUUAAAAACGAUAUAAAUAUAUAAAACGAUUGAUUUUAAGUUGAUUAUAAGUCACUGUAGAGCUCUUUUGGUGCACUUUCUUCACCGAGAGUCUCUGAUUGGUGGAUCUUUCUCAGAAGGAUUAUGGGUAAUGUAGUUCUUCACCAGGAAUUCCACUAUGAACCGUAUAUACCAUCGAAAAACAACCUCAGACCUCACGAUAGGUCUGUUUUAUAACAGGUUUAUAAGUUAUCGUUAAAAAUCAGUUUGCCUAUGGAGAAUAUUAAUGGUAUUUUGACUUCCGGAACCAGACUGUUGCACUUUAUAUACACAAAACAUGCUUGUCUUUGCAAAUUAACACUUUGCAUGUUUGUCUGUUUUUUGUAUCUAAACCCAUAUGGGUGAAACAGAGCAAAAAUAUAUAAACUGCUAAUUGUAUAUUUACAUGUACUUGCUGAGUGUGUGCAAGGUGUAAACCACAUGCUAAAAAUAUCUACUUGUUAAAAAUACGAUGUGUAUUAAAGUUUGGCAGGAAAUA